AUGAUUCGUCCGCUGCUGCUGUGUUUCUUCUUCUGCGUGGCGUUCGGCCGCAGCAAACCGACAGAGAAGAAGAACCGAAUGAUGGAGGCGCUGCUCAGCAACAAGCAGCACGAAGACGACAAAGGCUUCGAAUACGACCACGAAGCUUUUCUGGGAGAAGAUGAAGCCCCAGAAUUUGACAAGCUCCCCCUAGAGGAGAGCCUGCGUCGACUCGGCCUCAUCGUGGACAGAAUCGACGUCAACAAAGACGAUUUCAUCUCAGAGGACGAGCUGAGGAUCUGGAUCACGAGCGUCCAGAGGAACCACUCGUUCGAGCAGAUGGAGAACCAGUGGAACCAGUACGACACGGACCGGGACGGACUCAUCAGCUGGGACGAGUACAACCGCACCAAGUACAGCGACGGCUCUCACCAGGAGUCCGGGUUCGACCUCAGCCGGGUGAUGGAGCGGGAGGAGCGACUCUUCAGAGCCGCCGACCGGGACGCAGACCUCAAGGCAGACAAGCAAGAGUUCAACGCUUUCCUUCAUCCUGAAAACCACCAGCACAUGAGAGAGGUCCUGGUUCAGGACACGAUGGACGAAAUCGACAAGAACAGAGACGGCUUCAUCGACCUGAAAGAGUUCAUGGAUGACCUGAACAUCCCAGAAGGUGAGGAGGACCUUCCAGAGGGGGCGGAAACCGAACGUCAGCAUUUCUUGGACAAAAAGGACAAAAACAACGACGGGAAGUUGGACAAGCAGGAGACCAUGGACUGGCUCUUCAAGCCGGACCUGAGCUACUCUGACGCUGAAGCUAAACAUCUGGUGACGGAGUCCGACGCCGACAAGGAUGGAAAACUGACCAAGAAGGAAAUUCUGAACAACCACGAGAUGUUUGUGGGAAGUCAGGUGACGAACUACGGAGACGCUCUGCUACGACACGACGAGUUCUAG